CUGCUGCAGGAGGAGGAGGAGGCAUCACCAGGUGGACUGAAAACACAACACAGCAGGGAGGACCUCCUCCUCCACCUGCUCAGUACUUUAAAUACGUCUGCAGUAUUUCACAGGAUUUUUUGACUUGACCUCUGUCACUGUGCAGUGAUUCUCAGAAUGAGUGCUGGUGGUCGUUGUUGUUGAUGGUGGUGGGUGAAAAGCUGUAGGAGGGGCUUUGUCAGAUAAGGACAGCAUUAGGUAAGGCCAUUAGUGUCCUUUGGAUUAUUGUAAUCCAGCCUCUCUAUCACUGCUGCCUUGGUUGUUCAGUCUACAGUCGGUGUCAUCUUGUUGGAAGAUGGCUCUCAACAUGCAGCGUUUCCUGCUGGCCCUGCUUCUUCUGGGAGCUAACGUGUUCAUCAUUCAUGCUCAAGAGGUGGGAGUGACUGAGGCAUGGACCAGCAGGUCCUGCAAAUGUGAUUGUGAAGGAGCCGAAUCCCCGACUGAGUUUUCCUCCAUUCGGACCAGCUCUUCUAUGGUGCGAGGAGUGGACUGCAUGCCAGAGUGUCCGUACCACAAGCCUCUGGGCUUCGAGGCCGGAUCAGUGAGUCCAGACCAGAUUACCUGCUCCAAUCAAGAUCAGUACACCGGCUGGUUCUCCUCAUGGCUCCCAAGCAGGGCCCGGCUUAACAGCCAGGGCUUCGGGUGUGCCUGGCUGUCUAAAUUCCAGGACAACAGUCAGUGGCUGCAGGUUGACCUGAAGGAGGUGAUGGUUGUGUCAGGCAUCCUCACUCAGGGCCGCUGUGACGCUGACGAGUGGAUCACCAAGUACAGCGUUCAGUACCGCACAAACGAGAAACUCAACUGGAUCUAUUACAAAGACCAGACUGGAAACAACAGGGUGUUUUAUGGAAACGCUGACCGCUCCUCGUCUGUGCAGAACCUGCUGCGACCGCCCAUUGUGGCGCGUUACAUCCGCAUCCUCCCACUCGGAUGGCACACACGCAUUGCCGUGCGCAUGGAGCUGCUGCUCUGCAUGAACAAAUGUGUGUGAACCUCUCCUCCCACCAUCCCCGAGGCCUUGUCCCAAAAAUUCAUCUACACCUAAAUCGCCCCCGUCGUCAGAGUGUGUGGUCCUUUUUAUUUUAUCUGCAGAUUUGGCCUCCUUCAGCUACAUAAAAAAAAACCACAAGCUGAGACAAAAACAUUCUGUUUGAAACCCUUUUGUCAAGAACACAAACAAAACUGUUUGACUUAUGCGAUUUCAUUAAAAGAUUUGUUUGAUGUGCUCGAUGAGCUUUCAUUCACUCCACUCUCCAUUGUCUCUGUUAAACCCGUGUCUCACACUGGGGGCUUUUAAUUUGGUGAGUUCUCAAUAGAUUGUUUCAUUUGCAAUGAAAUGGCAUAAAUUCAAAGCAAUAAUUAGAUAUCGAGAGGGAGAAACAGUGUUGCUAUGGAGGUUGUAUCCACUGGUCUGAGACAAGCACUCGUCUUUCUGUCUCUCUUCAUGUGUAUAAAUUACAUCUACUUCUCCUGAUAUUUAGACAGGUUAACAGGGAAUUUACAGCUCUGCACCUCUCAGUCAAUGUCUCCUUAUUGCCUUUAAAUGAGGCCGGAGGUUUCUACAUUUUUUUUUGGCAGCAAAUCUCAUUAAAAGCAAAAACCAACAAUCUUACCAGCAUGUGUUAGUAUUACCUGAUGGAUCUUAUUCCUUUAUUUUUGAGCCACACUAGUGACAUGUUCCUUUAUUACCAUGAAAAGAGUAAUAUAUGUAAUGUUUACUGAAAACUACAAUACCCAGUUGAUAUAAAAUGAUUUAAAAAAAUUUAAUCUGAAAAUUGUAACCCAAGUUUAAAAUCAAAGGUCAUCCUGAUUAUGAAUCAGUGAUUUUAGGACUCACAGUCAGCCAGAAAGUGUUAAGAAAAGGACUAACUUGGUCUUAUCAUGAGGAUUUGUUGAAGAAAAAUGUGGAUUAAUGCCCGACUUGUGUUUAAAUAUGUGCGUGAUCUCACUCUUGCUACAAAGAUCGAUGGAAUGAUGGAAAAUAAUAUUCAGAUGUGGUUUUGUAUUGUGGUUAACUCCCGAUAUCAAUAAAAUUUCCCAUGGUGCUUUGAGAACACAGAGCAGAGUUUUAUUUACUCUAAAAAA